CCAUCUCACUCUGCCAUUCCCCUCACUGUGCUCUACUUAAACAAAUGAUUCUCUUUAUCUCUGCAAGUGUGCCCUGCAGAGUCCGUCGUGUUGCUGAGUGGGAGUCCAUACAGCUUUAAAAUGAGGAAGGAGAGCAGGCUGGUCCGCUGGAUCUGGUGGGUUGUGGUGGUGACAGCUUUGUUUUUCCUGGGCUUCGUCAUAGGCUGGUUUUCAAGGCCCACCCAUCCAAACACUGAAAACCACAAACCUUCCAGCAAGUAUCUGAAGGAGUUUCUGGAUGAAAUGCAGACAGAAAAAAUCAGGGAGCAUCUAAGGAAGUUCACUCGCCUCCCCCACCUGGCUGGUACAGAACAAAACUUGAAAUACGCCGAGCAGAUCAAGAACGAGUGGCAGGAGUUUGGAUUAGACUCAGUGGAGAUGGUGCCCUAUGACGUCCUGUUGUCCUAUCCCAACAAAUCACAACCAAAUUACAUCUCGAUAGUUGAUCAUCUUGGCAAUGAGGUUUUUAAGUCUUCCUUGGCUGAGCCGGUUCCGCAGGGUUAUGAGGACAUUCCCAACAUCGUGCCUCCGUACAGCGCUUAUGCUGCCAAAGGACAACCAGAGGGGGAUCUGGUGUACGUGAAUUAUGGCCGCACAGAGGACUUUUUCCAGUUAGAGAGGCAGAUGGGCAUCAAUGUUACUGGGAAGAUUGUCAUUGUCCGAUAUGGGAAAAUUUUCAGAGGCAAUAAGGUGAAGAACGCCAUAUUAGCAGGAGCGAAGGGGAUCAUUAUGUUCUCAGACCCUGCAGAUUACUGGGCUGCUGGAGUCCAGCCCUACCCUGAUGGCUGGAACCUGCCAGGUGGAGGAGCUCAGAGAGGAAAUGUUCUGAAUCUGAACGGAGCAGGAGACCCUCUGACACCAGGGUAUCCCGCUAAAGAAUACACCCACAGAUUCAGCCUGGAGGAUGGAGUGGGACUCCCCAAGAUCCCCGUGCAUCCAAUUGGCUUCCAUGAUGCAAUCCAUCUGCUGAAGAACAUGGGAGGAGAGAUUCCACCCAAUAACUGGAAAGGGGCUCUGAAUGUCUCCUACAUGAUUGGUCCGGGCUUUAUGGAUGACUUCAAGAGCCAGAAGGUGCGUAUGAACAUCUACACAAACAACCAGGUAACCAGGAUCUAUAAUGUGAUUGGAAGGAUUAGAGGAGCUCUGGAGCCAGACAGAUAUGUGAUCCUGGGAGGGCACCGCGAUGCCUGGGUGUUUGGAGGAAUUGAUCCCAUGUCUGGAGCUGCGGUUGUGCACGAAACUGUCAGGAGUGCAGGCAGGCUGCUCAGUAAAGGCUGGAGGCCGAGGAGGACUAUAAUAUUUGCCAGCUGGGAUGCAGAGGAGUUUGGACUGCUGGGUUCUACAGAAUGGGCCGAGGAUAAUGCCAAACUGCUGCAGGAGAGAGCAGUGACCUACAUCAAUGCAGACUCUGCUAUAGAGGGCAUGUACACACUGAGGGUCGACUGCACUCCAUCUCUGCACACUUUGGUGUACGACCUCACCAAGCAGAUAGCCAGUCCAGAAGAAGGAGAGGAUGGAAUGUCUCUGUAUGACAGCUGGCAUAAGAGGGACAACUGGACAAACGAUCGUGAUGCACCCAGGAUCAGUAAACUCGGGUCAGGCAGCGAUUUUGAGGCCUAUUUUAUCCGUUUGGGAAUCGCGGCAGGCAGAGCCAGAUACACGAAGAACAAGAAAACAGAGCGAUACAGCAGCUAUCCAGUCUAUCACAGCGUGUACGAAACCUUCGAGAUCGUGGAGAAGUUCUACGACCCUUCCUUCAGGAGGCUUCGAGCGGUGGCCCAGGUGAGAGGUGGACUCAUCUUCCUGUUGGCUGACUCCCAGCUGCUGCCUCUGGAUGUGAACCAGUAUGCAGACUCACUGAGGAAGUACGCUCAGAGCAUCGCACAGCUGGCACAGAAGAACCCGGAGGAGAUGGAGAUGUACGGCGUUUCGUUUGAUUCCCUGUUUUCUGCAGUGGAGAACUUCACAGCUGCAGCCACAGGUUUCCAUGAGCGCCUUGAGACUCUCAACACAGCAGAUCCUUUGCAGGUUCGCAUCAUGAACGAUCAACUCAUGUACUUGGAGAGAGCCUUCAUAGACCCUCUGGGCUUACCUGGAAGACCCUUCUACAGGCAUGUGAUUUUUGCUCCCAGCAGCCAUAAUAAAUAUGCAGGGGAGUCUUUCCCUGGGAUCUACGAUGCAUUGUUUGACAUUGAGAACUCAGCUGACCCAGAGAAGGCCUGGGAAGAAGUGAAGCGUCAAAUCAGCAUAGCAGCGUUCACGGUCAACGCUGCAGCCACAACACUGACACCACCUGCAUGAAGAGCAGCUGAAGAAAUGUGAUCUGACUAAAGCGUCAACAUGUGAUGAAAGGAUGUCUGCUCCCUUCAACAAACACAUCAGGGAAUCCUUGUUUCUUAUCUGGUCGCUGCUCCAGAACAUGCAGACCUCAGCAACACUGUGAAAGCCUGAUUCACAUCCCCUGAAGUUUAAAAAAUGUAUUUUUGAUCUUUUGUGUUUCAUGUUUGUGUUUUGUUAUGUGGCUGCAGUGAAGAAAUAAGUUAUGUUUUUAAUGUCUUCUUGUUGAAUUUUUGUAAUAUUAGUCAGUGGCUACAAGACACUCAAAUAAAUCAGUCAAUCCUUUAUGUUAAAAUAAUUCAUAUUGUAUGCAGUGGCCAGAAGAAAAAAACAAAAUAUGAGAGACAUAGCACUGAGUUUAUUUAGACAGGGAGAUAUUUUUGAUAAAUCCUUUUGUUGUGUGCUUUGUAAAAUGAUGUUUUCUUAUGGAAAUGCAGAUGGUAAAUUUAGUCUAUACAAUGUUUUGGUGAGUUUUUAAAGUCAUGACACAAACAUGUCAUUAAGAGGCAAUAAAACAAUUUGACCAACAGUCA